ACGUAAGUCACUGAAGAUUUUUACUAUAUAUCUUGAUUCUAACGCUUAUAUGAUGUUAAUUCAAUCAGAAUUAGCAAGUGGUAAAAAGAAAAGAAGAAAAGGUAACCAGCAGGGUAUCUGAUUAGUGAGAUGAGCUUAUAGUCUUAAGCAUGCGCUUUAUUCCUGUAGCGUGAUCAUGUGUGUGUGUGUGUGUGUGUGUGUGGGAAAGACUGGAAGCUUCAAUCCUGUUCUUCAAUUCUGGGCUCUCUAUGGCAUACAAAACCAACUGGCCAGCGGUAAUAAGUAGAGAAAGACAGGGAUUGUGGACAGCGGCAGUAAAGGACAACGGGACACAAUUGGUAUGGUACGUAAACAAGAACCAAGUUGAGGUUUUCUGACAAACCACUUUCAAAUCUGCAGUCAAUCAAAAGAAAAGCAACAGGAUUCUCCCAUCAACAUGGGGUGCUCUCCAUCUAAAGGUCAACUCUUCAGCAAAAAAGCUUUGCUGUCUGGAUCACCGGAAAGCCAGAAAACUGCUGACCUGCCCUCUGAUGGGGCACAACUGCAAAUCAAAGCAGAGAUAAACACUGCUUCAGAAGCUCUAGAGAUACAAGAAAAUGAAAAACACAUUCAAGGUAAGAGAUCCUCAGUCGAUGAUGUAGUUUGUGAUGCCACUGUGACAGUCGAAGAAGAUGCUUCUGAGAAGAUGCUAGAUGUGGUCUGCUCUCAGGAUGAACAGAGUGCACAAGAGGGCCUCUUAGAAAACCAGAAAGAAGGAAUAGAGGAGAUACGGACAAAAGAUAAGCAAGGAAAGCGGAGGAGGCAGAGGAAACAGAGACUGAGAAAAAAUUCCUAUGCGCAGUCAAAGGCAGAGUUCAUACUGAAAGCCCACCAGGCAGCCUAUGCGUACCUGAACCCCAGCAUUUCCAAAUACGAGUCUCUUUUAGGGCUCGUGAGCCAGGCAGCUCAGACCCAUCUCUCCGUACAGACCGCAGUAGCUGCAGCAGUUGUGCACUACGAAGAGAUCAACCAGGCUUUGGAGGAAAUGGCCGCUGAAGGCGAGCAGCUGCUGAGGGAACAUGGACACAACAUGAAGUGGCCUGCUUUACUUAAAGACUAUCCACCUACGACCAAACCAAGCAACGACCUGAACGAGCUUCCCUCCGAACUGCUGCAGCACAUGCUCCUUCACUCCACAGUUCAGAUGAUCUCAGUGGGAGACUCUGUGAAGUGCCUGGGUGACGCAGCCUUACAGGAGCUAGCUGACUACGUUGGGUCCCUGUCUGAGGUCUUAGGAGAGAAGCUGCUGGCUAAGCAUGCGGCCGAGGAGCGCCUGAAGCAGGUUCUGUCCCGUGUGGAAGCUGCUGCCCUUAGGAAGCCCGGCCCAGAGGACUCUGCGCUGCAUAGUGAGGACAGCGGCAUAGGGGCGGACAACGAGUGCCAGAACGGCUUCCGUCGGAAUAGAGGGAGCUCGGGAUCAGGAGCAAACGCUGGAAUAACAUCUGUCUUUACCACCGGCUGCUGUCCAGAUCAGCAGCUCCUUAACGCCAAUGAGGAAGGCACAGAUAAUGAUGAUGAUGAUGAUGAAGAUGAGGAUGAUGAGGAUGCAGAACUUGAUGAUGACGUCAGUGAAAAAGAUGAGCUGGGGAGGUUGACCGACAAGACAAGGCGAACAGUGAGUGGUUAUUCUGAAGCAAACUCCAGCUUUCCCCCAGUUCAGGGUGGCGUUCAAAACCAAGAUCAAGUCAAGACCAGUAACUUGAAAAGGAAAAUCAGACGGCCAAAAACCGCAGACAAUAGCUUUCAGAUGAAACUAAAACACCGCCAUUUAAGACGGCCAAAGCGCUCGCAAUCCGCAGAGUGCUUGUGUAGCAAAGCGGAAGAAUCAGAUCCUAAUGAGGAACAAGGUAACCCGAGGAACAUGCACUGGAGGAGAAAAAAUAAUCUCCCAGAAGAUCAUGGAGGCCGUGUACGGACAAAGAUGGGAAGAGGUUCAUCUGUAGGACAGUGCUCAGCAAGGUCCUACGGCCUCCAGUAUGGCAGCAAAGGGCCUUUCAGGGCAGUAAAAUCUAGCUCUCCUCCAAAGUUUACUCCAGAACCACCUGGGCGACAUGCUGUCAAGAGGCUCAUUAAUACGUUUAGCCAAGGGGUGGAGGAUAAUUCAAGACAAAGUCCUGUAGACCAAAGACCGGUGAGAGUUAGGGGCAACAAGAAAUGCUCUCUCCCACUGUUGCAGACCAGCAGAGAAGCACUUACCACCAGUAGGAACAUCAAGAGUAGCAUCCGUUCGCUUGAGCCCAGACCGGCUGACAAACCUGAGCAUCUGGAUAUAGACAGCCUCCCGCCUCCACCCCCAGAAAUGCUCAUGGACAACACAUUUGAAAGCAGUGUAGGGUUUCCCAAUGAGGACCGGGCUCGUGAUUCACAGUGCAGAGGGCAGCGACUCCGCACUUUAACACAAAGAGAGACUGCCCCCCCCAACAGGGCUACAAUGCAGAGAGCAACUACUCAGCCACUGAGGCAAGAUGCUUUGCAGGGAUCCUGCAUUGAACAGGAAUACAAUGCAGGUUUGCGAGGUUCUGCUCCUCAUCAAGGAUGCAAGAUCCACAAUGAGGGUGAGACUGCAACUAUGCACUCGAAAGGUUUCCCCCCAACGACUCCCCCUGUCUCAAGGACACGGCUUCCACCCUCCUGUCCCACUCUGCACCACCCAGUGCCAAGCCCUCCAUCCACGGCCUGCCCCCCUACUAGGAAGUGGACUCCAUCAAACACCUCCAGUGUUUCUGGCUCUCAAGCAUAUUUUGAAGCCCGGGCUGUGUUCUCUCAGGAGAACCCGCCACUCCCUUACACAUGGACACCUUCAAGUACAUCUACGUUGCCUCGGCCUUGGGGUGAACCGGCCAGACCUCGCCUUCAAACCUCUUUCAUGGGACGCCGUCCGUCAGGUCAUAGGUCAUCCCACAGUGAGCCGCCACAGUCAUUGCCCGAUGCCAAACAGCAACAGGGUCCGGGUAGUGACGACACACCUUCGACCAGUAGUGAGGGGACGCUGAGAGCGGAUCUGGACACACACAGCCGGUUGGACAUCACACACCAGCUGGACUAGGCCUUUUCUCUCUACGCAGAUCUGGGACAUUUCAGGAAACAUUUCCUAAUAAACAUCAACACCACGAUGCUUAAAAGCGCUUAAAAGUGUAAAAAUAACACUCUGU